AUGGACGACCUGCGAUUCCGCUCCCAACAGUCCCCUAGGAGCAACGACUCGCCAAUGAACUCGCUUGUCUCACCUCCUCGUAAUACCUCGAGAAUGCCCGGUCCUCAAGUCCCAUCCCACGUUGGCGCUCACGAUCAUCGAAACAACCUCUCUCGGCGCUUCACUACCGACUCGGGUCGAGUCCCUACACUCUCUUCCUUGAACGCCAUGGCUUCUCCCCAGCGAGGCCCCGAUCCGGGCCAGGAUUACAACACUAUGCACAAGGUGCAAUUGAUAGAGAAAAAGAAGAUGGAAUAUGAGCGAAUUCGGGAACAGAGACGGCGCUUCGAGUUAGAAAUGCAAAAGCUGGACCAGCAGCAACGGCGCGAAGCCAUCGAACUUGCACAGAUGGAAGAAGAGAUGGGUCGAUUGGGCGGUCAUCAGUCUGAGCCCACCACACCACCCGAAUAUCGCGAUAACUCUGGAUUUCCCUCCAUUUUCUCCCGACCGAGCCGAUACUCGAUGUCCAGCUUGACCUCCCCUCCAGGCCUCUUUAACCGCCCUGGCCGCUCCGGCUCGCAACUUGCCUCUCCUCAGUCUGGUAUCAUGCAGGGUCGUUUCGGAUUCGAGGACACCACGACGCAAAUGCCUUCUCGCUCUGUGCCGACUACGCGGCGAAACAGCGACGAUGAGAAGGAAGAGGCCGUUCGCCAAGACCCCAGUAGCCACCGGUCAACCAAUGCGAUCAACCGCUAUUCGAUGCCAGUGACUCGCUCGCGUACCGGGUUGUACGACGUUGGUCUCGAUCAGACCAACACGACUCGGUUCCUUUUUGGUGACGACGAGCCAAAGGCGCUUGGGCACGGUGCGGCUCCUGACGAGAACUUCCCGACUCUUGUUCGUCGCGACGAUCAGAUUGCGCAGCUUUUUGCGGAAGUAUCAAAGCGAGCAUCCAUCACAAUACCCCCGAGUGCUACCUCUCUACCACCGUUUGCCUUCUCUUCUGACACACUCCGUUUCGCCCAGCUAUCUGCAUCCUCGGCCGCCUUAGAUCUUGCCCUGUCCCCGUCUCCAAACCCUGAGACAUCCUUAUCCUCCAGAGGCUGGAGCCGUGUUGUUAACCGUCACCGACCUCAGCAGAGCUUGUCCUCUAUCAACGGAGGUUCAGGUCAAGUCAACGACCUCGCAGGCCUUAAGAGUCGACCUGCUGCGUUCCGCCACUCCCUCGACCUCAAGUACAUCUCGGAGAACGCAGUCGAGACUGGCCCAAUCAUGUCUUCGCCUGCGAAUCAGAACAUGGCCAGCCCGCCUAAGCUCCAGAGCUCGUUCUCUGCCAACGAUGUCCCCACUGUCAAGAGCACUGCGACAUCGUCCAUGAUCAACGCCAACGCCAACGUCAAUGCCAACAAUCAUGCUCAGCAGCACUUCCACAACCACAAUGCUAGCCUCGGCCGCAUCCCUGCUGGCGCCCUCCCCCGUGGCCACAACCGUGAGCUGUCGGCUGAAAGUGUCGCCGUGAGUCGCGAGCAGGCCACCACCUAUCCCUCGAUCCAGUCGGCUCUCCAGGCCAGUGCUGCUCCUUUUGGUCCUAGCACUACCACCGCCGCUCCUCCCACCUCGAUGGUCUCCUCCCCUGCUGGUACCCCUGCCGUGAACAACAACUUCAACAACGGCAACGGAUUCUACCCUGUCAAUGGCUAUGGGGCUCAGCAGGGUGUCGCCCAUCCUCCCGGCGCCUACAAUGUCAACAUGAUCGCCAACGGUAUGCAGCACAUGAACAUGAAUGGCGUCAACAGCGGCAACAUGUAUCCUCCUCAGAACUUCAAUGGCUACAACUCGCUUCCCUACAACCAGGGCAGCCAGCCUCGUGACAGCCAGGCCCGUGUGAUUCAGCACCGCCGCCAGCUUGAUAACGAAGCCAUGUCCCGCUACCAGAACAUGCCUCUGGACUCCUUUACUGGCCAGAUAUAUGACUUGUGCAAGGACCAGCAUGGUUGCCGCUACCUUCAGAAGAAACUUGAAGAGCGCAACGCUGAGCAGGUUCAUAUGAUUUGGCUCGAGACCAACCAGCACGUCAUCGAGCUCAUGACGGACCCAUUUGGUAAUUAUUUGUGCCAAAAGCUCCUUGAGUUUUGCAAUGACGACGAGAGGACCGUCUUGAUCCAGAAUGCUUCGCAGGACAUGGUGCGCAUUGCCCUCAACCAGCACGGCACGCGGGCGCUUCAAAAGAUGAUUGAGUACGUGAGCACUCCUCAGCAGGUUCACCUCAUCAUCGAGGCGCUCCGUUUCCGAGUUGUCGAACUCAUCCAGGAUCUCAACGGCAACCACGUCAUCCAGAAGUGUCUUAACAAACUCACCGCCCCUGAUGCCCAGUUCAUCUUUGACGCUGUCGGCCAUAACUGUAUUGAGGUGGGCACUCACCGACAUGGCUGCUGCGUCCUGCAGCGCUGCAUCGACCACGCAUCUGGCGAUCAGAAGCUGUGGCUUAUCCAACGCAUCACUGAGCACGCCCGAGUUCUUGUCCAGGAUCCCUUUGGCAACUAUGUCGUCCAGUACAUCAUCGACCUGAACGAGCCUACUUUCACCGAGCCCAUCGUGGGUAUGUUCCAGGGAUGCAUCAGCCAGCUGUCCCGCCACAAGUUCAGCUCCAACGUGAUUGAGAAGUGUCUUCGGUGCGCUCAGGCUCCUUCCAAGGAUAUGAUUGUUGAGGAGCUCCUGGGCCCCCAGGAGAUGGAACGCUUGCUCCGCGACUCGUUUGCCAACUAUGUCAUCCAGACCGCCCUGGAGUACGCCACCCCUCACCAGAAGUACCUCCUUGUUGAGUCGAUCCGUCCUAUUCUGCCUCAGAUCAGGACCACCCCCUACGGUCGUCGCAUUCAAGCUAAGAUCUCUGCCUUCGACAACCGCGGCAGCGCUGCUUCUAGCGGGCAGGUCACUCCGGCCGACAACACCCAGGGCCAGAUCCCUCUCCGUCCUUCACACACCCGCGGCAUUCCCUCCACUGGCCCUAUGAUGCAGCCCAACACUGUCCCCAACGGCCCUGUGCCCGGCAUGGGGAACCAUGGUAUGCGCCAGAACAUGCCCGGCUACCCACCUAACCCCGCUAUGAACGGCCAGGUGCCGGCUGCUGGAGCCCAUAUCCAGCAGCCUCACUACGGACAGAGAGCUCCUGGCAACUUUGCCCAGCCGGCCCCGGCGGCCAACGGGACUGUUAGCAGCGCCGUCAAUGCCGGCGCUAACAUCAACGGCAGCGGUAACACCGGCGUUCCCGUCAAUGCUACCGACAACACGAGCAGCGGCGCCAGCCCUGCUAACGGCAAGGUAGCUGGCGGUAACAACGCCAACGAGGCUGAGGAGCCUCAGUGGCUCUAA